UGAUGACCCUUCAGACAAUAGAGCCUUUGAGUAAUACAUCUCUCAUCCAGCCAGGAUUUUCCCUGUUUCGGUUUGGCAGUCAUGUAAUUUUCUUCGGGCAGAAAGGCUGGCCAAAACGCUCCUGCCCCACAGGCGUGUUCCUCGUGGAUUUGAAAAAGAAUGAGAUGAAGCUUCGUCCCACCACAUUCACCAAUGAUUCUUGCUACCUACCGCCAUUGAGAUACCCAGCUGUCACUGGCCUCUCAGAUACUAUGGGAGGUGAAGUCAACCAGUACCUCGUCCAUGGAGGGAAGACUCCAAACAAUGAGAUAUCUCAGAAGCUAUACAUCAUGUCCAUGGCAUCUUCGGUCAACAAGAGGACACUCUGCUGUGUAGAAAAAGAUUUAGUGGGGGACAUUCCAGAAGCAAGAUAUGGUCAUUCAAUGAACGUGGUUCACAGCAGGGGCAAAACUGCAGUGGUGCUAUUUGGUGGCCGUUGCUAUGUGUCACUGAACCAAAGGACUACAGAAAAAUGGAAUAGUGUAAUUGAUAGUCAACCAUACAUCUAUCUUAUCGAUCUUCAGUUUGGCUGCUCUAACAUGUACACUAUCAAAGAAAUCCAAGAUGGUCUUUCCUUUCAUGUGUCAAUAUCCAAAAACGAUACAGUCUAUGUAAUGGGUGGCCAUUCAAUUGAAAAUGACUUUAGGUCCCCAAACAUCUACAAGAUUAAAGUAGAACUCCUACUCGGAAGUCCAGCUAUAACUUGCACAGUUCUGCAAAGCAACAUAUCUUUUUCGAGUGCUAUUGUAACUCAUACCUGCCCAGAUGAGUUCCUGAUUGUUGGUGGAUAUGAGUCUGACAGCCAGAAGAGGAUGCUUUGUAACCGAGUUUCCAUAAGUAAUGACACCAUUGACAUCCAAAACCUGGAGACUCCUGACUGGACAGGGGAAAUUAAGCAUAGCAAGACAUGGUUUGGGGCAGAUAUGGGUCAAGGUGCCAUACUCAUUGGAAUCCCAGGAGACAAUAAGAACCAUAAUUCAGAGAGCAGCUACUUUUUUUACGUACUGAAUCUUGGAGGAGAGGAGAGUCAGAUGCAGUCCUGCAGCCAAGGAUCGCUUGAAGAGCAAGAGGACUCCAUGCCCCUUGAAGACUCGGAAGAGCUCAUGUUCAAUGAAGAUGGGAACUUUUUCGAUGAAGACACUUAUAACGAAGAUGAUGAAGAGGAUGAGUCAGUAACUGGAUACUGGAUCAUGUGCUGCGUUGGCUGCAAUCUGGAUAUGAACACCUGGGUUCCUUAUUAUUCCACGGAGCUAAACAAGCCAGCCAUGAUCUACUGCUCCAGCGAAGCAGGACACUGGGUCCAUGCCCAAUGUAUGGACUUGUCAGAAAGCAUGCUGAUUUACCUGUCUGAAAACAAUGUCAAAUAUUUCUGCAAUGACCAUGUUAAAUUGGAGAGGGGUCUGCAAACUCCUAAAAAGAUGACCCCCGUUAUGAAACCAUCAACAAAGCGAGUAGGUCGAAAAUCAUCUGUCAGCCGAAUGUCACCAGCGAAGAAGUCUUUUCUAAGACGCCUGUUUGAGUAAAGUCUUUGUGAUCUGUGAGAUGGUUAGACGAAUGUCAGCUCUGUAGGACAGCAGAAUUUUGCUUACUGCAUUUUAUGGACUUUGUUGAUUAAAUGAUAUGGAUUAUAUUAGAGGAACUUUCCACUGGAAGUUCAGCGUUCAGAACAUGAUGCGGGCUUGAUUCUGAGUUGGACGCAUGCGCAAAUGCAGACAGAUCUACGGAUAUCUGCACACAACACAUGGGCACGCAGACUGAGUUGGACAGAGCGGACAGGUGGACCCGUCUUUUGGCGGACUAUGUUAUCCGUGAAAUGGGCGUUUCUGGGCAGUAACUCAAAGACGACUUUUCGCAGAUGCUUCCAACUCAGAAUCAGGCUAUAUGCUUCCUGGGGGAAACAAGUGCCUUCCAGACAGUGUAACUCAUUCAAGCAAUCGUCAUGAGAAAUCUGGCCAUUCGGAGACUCUGUCCCUCUGGAAACUAGGACUGGGAUGUAAUCAAGUCCGAGUUCGUUGGCCGUGUGGGAAGCCAAUCAUGUACAAGGUGAAACCGUUCCUUGUACAUGAUUGACCCUUUCAAAAAAAACAUCCCACACACCAGACUUUUAUUACAUCCCGCCCUAUGACUGAUAUUUCAUUAUAUCUUGGCACAUCAGUCAUUGUGGCAGCUCCUAAUCAUAUUCUAUUUCUUCAAACACACGUACACACUUACAUAAAGUUCUCUGUGCAUUAUAAAUGACCUCUGAACAUUUUACUGGGAACUUAUCACAACUUCAACAGAAAAUAAACCUGACUUAUAAUAUGGGUAUAUUUACCCGUCUAACAGUAGAUGAUAAAAUGCCUUUUUAAAAGAAAAAAGAAAAAACAUCUCUCUGUUGUGCGUUGUACAUUUGUCCUCUAUUUAUUUACCAAAUCACUGAAUGGGAAGAGACGUUUUUGCUUAAAAGCAUGCGUGUAAUAAUCGCGGCAUUGUACUGCAUGAGAGUAUAGCAAUAAUACUUUCAGGACAAAUAUAGCAUCGUUAUAUGUACAGAGGUUAAGCUGACAUAUUUUUGUGGCAUAAUUCUACUAUUAACUAUCUCAUCACCAGAUUGCAGAGAUCUCCAGUGUUAGCGAAGGGAGAUCACUUGAUAAGCAGCAAACCAUUUUUCUUUCAUUUAUAUUUUGUAGGACCCAACAGAUAACAAUACAUGAGUUCUGAUCCAGCCAACAUUUUUCGCCACAUCGACUGGGCAGAUACUUUGCCAAAACUCUUCCCAUCCAUGGAUUCUGCCGGAAAAACUAUAAAUAAAAAAAUGCAUUGAAACAUCUCCGGCCGCACUGUCCUCCCUGCUGUGUCCUCUUCUCACCGCUCUCCUGCUGCCAUUUAUCAGACGCUACAGGGCAGCAGAAAGCAGAUGUUGGGCCGCAUGGGUGGUGGGCAUUGGAUUGGGGGGAUGGUGUGCCAAAGUUGAGCUAGGGGAAGGGUCAUUAGUACACUGGGGGCAGGAAAUAGUAUUAGAACUCAGGGACAUUAGGGCUGGACAUCUGGGUGAAGUUGUGGUUAUGAAUGGUAGGAAGGUUACCUGGCUGGUGAGGUGCAGCACCAAGGUCAACGAGCAGCUGUUCUGUGACUAGGUAUUCAAGUACAAAUGACCUAUGAGAAUUUCACCUGUGGCCUGAUUCUGAGUCACACGUACUGCCCACAGCACCCUCUGCAACUAUCCGCCCGCACCACCCCCAGCCCUCCAGCGGCUAGAGAGUCUUCAUAGGAUGUACACAGGGAAGGGACACUCACAUCACCAUUGGAUGUUUGACAAAGUGGUAACAGUUUGGGACGCAUCUAUGAUGGGUGCAGUGUCAGGGCCGUCGUAACAGCAUCAUAGGCCCAAAGCAAUGCACUGGGGCCCCUAACCACCCAUUCAUGGGAAUCAGUUAAAGAAAUCAUAGCAUGCCCCUCCUUCAGUCCCGCCUCGUCUCUUCACAGGCUUCCAUACACAAUGAAUGGCUGUGAGCACUCUGAUUGGUGGAUAGCUCCAGCCAUCCAUCAGUCAGCAUGCUGCCAGCCACUCACAGAUAGGCUGCAGGCUGAGAGGCACAGUAGUGUCUAUUUAUCACAUUAUGCCGCACAGUAGUGUCCCUUAGUCACAUUAUGCCGCACAGUAGUGUCCCUUAUUCACAUUAUGCCACACAGUAGUGUCCCUUAUUCACAUUAUGAUGCACAGAAGUGUCCCUUAUUCACAUUAUGCCGCACAGUAGUGUCCAUUAAUCAUAUUAUGCCGCACAGUAGUGUCCCUUAUUCACAUUACACCGCACAGUAGUGUCCCUUAAUCACGUUAUGCUGCACAGUAGUGUUCCUUAUUCUCAUUACACCGCACAGUAGUGUCCAUUAAUCACAUUAUGCCGCACAGUAGUGUCCCUUAUUUACAUUAUACUGCUUAGUAUUGUCCGUUAAUCACGUUAUGCCGCACAGUAGUGUCUAUUAAUCACUUUAUGCCGCACAGUAGUGUCCCUUAUUCACAUUAUGCCGCACAGUAGUGUCCGUAAAUCACAUUACGCCGCACCGUAGUGUUCGUUAAUCACAUUAUGACGCACAGUAGUGUCCCUUAUUCACAUUAUGCCACACAGUAGUGUUCCUUAUUCACAUUGUGCAGCACAGUAGUGUCCGUUAAUCACAUUAUGCCGCACAGUAGUGUCCCUUAUUCACAUUACGCCGCACAGUAGUUUCCGUUAAUCAUAUUAUGCCACACAGUAGUGUCCCUUAUUCACAUUACGCCGCACAGUAGUGUCCGUUAAUCACAUUAUUCCGCACAGUAGUGUCCCUUAUUCACAUUAUGCCGCACAGUAGUGUCCGUUAAUCACAUUAUUCCGCACAGCAGUGUCCCUUAUUCACAUUACGCCGCACAGUAGUGUCCCUUAUUCACAUUACGCCGCACAGUAGUGUCCCUUAUUUUCCUACCUGGUACUGCAGGCAGCUUUUGAUAUCCGAUUUUAAUGGCUGGUGUGGCCAGUCUCAGCACACCUACCAUGUAUGGGGCGAAGCCUCACCUUCCAUGCUGUAAGUGUACCGGUGCUAAGAGCCGGAGCCCCGGAGGCCAGAGAAGGAGCAGAGCAAAUCGAGAUUGUGGUGGCGAUGGCCGGUUAUUCCCCCAGGGCACAUGCUCUCUGUACGACAGCACUCCACCCUAGAUAUGGCCCUGCAUCCCAUCCUGCAGCCUAAACCUAACCCCCCUCUUCCCCCCGCAGCCUAACCCUAACUUCCCCCACAGCCUAACCCUCCGCCUAGCGCCUAACCCCUGUACUUACCUCAGGGAUGUGAUAGGAUUCUGACCGUUGGGUUCCCAACUCCCGGUAUCUUGACUGUAUAUAGCUUUGACUGAAACAGUUGCAUGCAGACAAAUGUGGAUUGUAAAUGGAAUAUGUUCCGCCUAUUGUGGUUUUACAAGAACAUUAGCCGUUGUAACAAAUCUCUAAAGCAAUUACUUAAUUCUCCAUGUGAGGACAGAGAGGGGGAGAGCUCUGUGAGAGCGUCGGCUGAUCAAUGUGAGUCUCCAAACCUAUUAAUUAAGCAGGCUGACUGCUCAAACCUAUUAUUUUUGCUGUGUAGUAAUUGCACCUGAUAAGGCUUUUGUUUUUCCUAUUGAUGAAAUAAAAAUGCAAACUGCUUAAA